AUGGUCAACCUAUUCAAGCGGAUGCGAAAGCUCAACACACGUCUCCUCAAUGUCCGCAUUGGCACCGGUGCCGCCGUCCUGCCUUCCAUUGCCAACUCAUCAAAAGACCAACCAGCCAUCACCCGCAUACAUCUGACAUACGCCAAACGCAUGAAUGGUGGACACAUGGGGGCACGACGCUUCUGGCGCCAGUGUCUCCCGCGUCUCAAAUUCCACAAUCCAGCCAUCCAAAUGUCCGUCAAGCAGACGGACGACCAGGAAGGCCCCGCAGCACUCACAAUUUUCUUCUCCGGACAACCGAGGAAUACCCAACACCAUACCGACUCUAUCGAAGACAAAUACGCGCCAGCCCCCUCAGACUCGGAGAAGACUAUUGUAUUGGAUGUGAAGAAUAAUGAUUAUAGCCAGAUUUGGCAAAAGGUCAAAGAGGCCACGGGCGCAGAAGAUAUACAGGCUACGGAAAAGGAGCAAGAGGAGUUGGAAAAUUUCAGGAACAUGGAUAUUAAAUCCGAGCAAGAUAGGAUACGAGUAGCUGGCAUACGACAGGCGAAGAAAGACCAGGAACGUAUGUUGCAAGAGGCUAGAGGAGAGGUAGAAAAGCUCCGACAGCUAUGA